ACGCAGCGAGCAAUGGACGCAGUUGAACGAAAACUUAUCGUAGAAUUUAUGGCCUCGAACGCCAUCCUUCUGGUGCAUGCAAUAUUGAAGACGUUCGCUCAUCGUCUGGUAACGACAGGCAACAAAUACGGACUGGUCCUUUCGAACAACAGUAUCUUCACCGCUGCUACGAGACAGCAGGUAUUUGAGUUCCUCGCGAAUGUCAUUAAAUUGUCAGAAAACAGAAAUGUCCACGCCACAGAUGGAGACCAGUUGCUGGACAUUCGCACUGAACCGCUGCAGAAGCUGGUCGAAGAAAUGGAAGCACUGAACCUGGCGGUCAUUCCUCUGGUCUUGGUCUCGUUGGAAGCAGACCGACGGUACUGCCUGAAGGAGUCGAUUGUGGUGAAAGUGAUUACUAGAGCCGGGGAUAUCAGCUAUAUGGAUUUGGCAGGACGGUCUUAUCUCAAACUGGAACAAUUUUUGCAGCUGACUGCGCUUCCUUUCGGCAUUCUGUGCUAUUUGGAGGCAGACUGCGUCUUGGAUGUAGAUAACCAAAGAUAUGCUAUGAAGUGCAAGAUGGUAGGAAGGCAGCUAGUUUUCCAGAGCGUAGCGGACGGGCUAUUGAGUUCAUUCAACGUCGUUGGGAGCUUGGGACUGAUGGUCGCAUCCAGUAAAUGGGUGACGCCGAUUGGACUGUUGACUGUUGGAUCCAGCAUUUAUCUGAUGACGAGAGGAGUGAUGGGAUUUUUCGAAGUCCAGCGUCAUGGAGGAUUGCGAUCGCAAAGAAGCACAUUCUUCAACAUACUGCUAACGGUUCUGAACUUUGCAUCGGUCUUGUUUGUUAGCCUUCCCUACAGCAUCGGGACUAUGGUUCAGUUGAACGGCCCAUCGAAGGCGUUGUUGAGUUUUUGUGCCGGUAUGGAUCUUUUGUGGUUGUUGGCAAAGCCACCACUGCAUACUUACGGUUGGAUAGAUGUGUGAUGAUUAAGUAUAUUUGCUUCAUGUCAAAAAAUAAAACCUCUACUAGUAAACAAUAUCUAUAUAGGCAGGCUUGCUGAAACUCCUCAAACUCACUAGAGGUUUUAAAACACUCUUGUCCUGGGAGUUUAGCCAGCCCUCACCUCGAGUGAGUGGCGGCAGGAAUAUGGAAGUAGUAAACAAAAACUCCUCGAGAGAGAGGGAGAGUGAACUUCAGUGAGAGGAUGAUUUGACGUGAGGUGCGCUUUUCGAGACUCCGGAUGACUUUUUUGUUCGACGCAAGAAGCUCAGAGUUCACCCAGAGUGUGAUAGAAAACAUGAACAUGAAUGGCAGCAAACCUCACUCUCAUUUUAUCCCCCUUCGCUCAUAAUCUCUGAAGCUCAGUGGAAUGAAUUGGCAGUAGGCAUUCUACUCCUCAGAAAAAUGCUACGCUCGGGUCAUUUCAAACUCGCGAUCGAGGUUCCAUCAAGCCUGUAUAUAGGGGGAAAAUCUACUUCUGUCUAAACGCCCAUUUCCGGCCUAUCGAGCAGAAAACAUCAAAUG